UACACUAGCUAGCUAGUAGCUGAUCAGAUCGACGACAACGAUGGCCGGCGGCGGGAGGAAGGCGAGCGGCGCCGUGGUGCUGGUGGCGCUGCUCGUGUUGGCGGCGGGGGCGGCGGGGCUGUCCAUGUGCGGCGUCGACCAGUCGGCCGUGGACGCGUGCCGGUCGUACUGCACGGUGGGCAGCACGGAGGGCGCGCCGUCGCGGGCGUGCUGCGACGCGGUGGCCGGGGCCGACUUCCGCUGCCUCUGCCGCCGCAAGGCCAUGCUCCGCUCCUACGGCAACAUCGACGCCGACCGCGCCACGCUGAUCCCGUCCAAGUGCGGCGUCGCCGGCGCCUCCACCUCCUGCAAGUAGAGAUCCAUCCGAGCUAGAGCGAUGCGACCAAAUUAAUUAUAAUUAAGCGCGAUAUAUCUGUAACGUCGCGUACGUACUCUAGUAUGUUGCAUGCAUGCAUGCAUGCAUAAUAGUUAUGGUUGGUUAAUUAAUUAGGGGGGGGGGGGUAAUAUGUGAUUGUCGUCAGAGGCUGUGUUAUGUCAAGUGUCGACGUGUCGUCGUGUCUGGGUCUCUUGUUAUGCAUGUAUCACCUUGUGAUUUUUGUACGCCGUUGUUGUGUGCCUGUGUGUGUACCUUAAUCAUGUUGUAAUAAUAAUAUUGUUCUGCUUGUUUUGAUCUAAUAAUAUUC